GCCGCGUUUCAGAAAGCCGCCGAGGAGGUAAAGCAGCUCAGGUCCCAGCCUACGGACCAGGAGAUGCUCGAUAUCUACAGCCACUACAAGCAGGUCACGGUGGGCGAUGUGAACACGGACCGCCCUGGUAUGCUGGACUUCAAAGGCAAAGCAAAGUGGGAUGCCUGGAACGCAUUGAAAGGAAUGUCCAAAGAAGACGCAAUGAAAGCUUACAUAGCAAAAGUGGAAGAACUAAAAGGCAAAUAUGGCAUCUGAGGACUGGAUGUAGCAGCCACUUGCACAUCUGAAACAUGCCUUAUUUCUAAUACUGUAGAGAACUGGUUUCUGAAGAUAAUUUUAAAUACAGAGUAUGUUAUAGUCAGUUCUCCUCAUGCCUGUAGUUCAGGGGAGGGUGUGUACCUGUCUAAUGUACUAACGCAUUAUAAAUUCCUUCUGGGAACAAAAUCUGGAUCUCAUUAAAGUGCAUUUGGUACUUUA